AUGUCGUCUGCAGAAGAUUCAUCUGACCCGACACAAAGCGUCUCUCGAGCCGUGAAAAAGAAAAGGCAGCAAACUCAGAAGGCGUGUGAUCGCUGUAGGCAAAAGAAAGGCGAUGGAAUGGACCAGUCAGACCAUCACUGCUCAAAUUGCACCUUGUUCAAUACAGAAUGCACUUAUCUAUACGUCAAGAAACGUCGGGUUGCGAAGGCGCCCAAGAAGGAGAAGCCUGUUCUAGAUGCAGAGGGCAUGCAAGGAUAUGUAGAUGGCCUCGUAGCACGAAUCCAAUCCAUGGAGGGCCUUCUCAAGAAGGCGUUUCCAGACACCGAUAUCGAUGCCGCAUUGGAUGUCCAUACGGCCACGACUUCCAGAGAUUCCCACAAAAUAUCUCUAGAAAUGACCACGAUGCCGGGAGCAACACAAGUCCAACCCUUUAGUCAUUCGCGGUCCAUUGAUCGCUUGCCAUUCGCAGGUGCUUUAGUAUCCAUCGAAGACGGGGAUCCUGAACCCAGCGACGACGAAUAUGAAUACGGCAUGUCGCCACAAAUAUUGGAGAAAUUAGAAGCCUUGUCCCUUUAUCCUCUACGCAACCUCUGGUUGGGAAAAUCGAGUGAUGCUCGAUUACUACAGAGGGCCGUUGACAUGAAGUCCAAUUAUUCGGGCGAGCCGCAUGAACGCGAUAAUCUAGAUCCUUUAUCAUCGACCGCCAAAGCUUUCAAACAAUACCCAUGGGAGCAUAUCGGGGACGACGAUAAGCACUAUCCGUAUCAUUUUCCUGAGGAUGACCUUCUUCACGAUCUCGUAAACGCAUACUUCGACCGCAUCAACAGUUUUCUACCUCUUCUCCAUCGACCUACAUUCGAGCGAUCUAUAGCUGAUGCUCAACAUCUCACCGAUACACAAUUCGGGAAGAUUUUACUACUUGUUUGCGCGGUUGGUGCCAAAUAUCUAGACGAUCCACGGGUUGUCCUGGAGAGAGCAAGUGACUGGUAUUCGGCCGGGUACAAGUGGUUUUCGCAAGUUGAGAUGAUACAAAGAUCCGUGGUCAGCAUACCAUCUCUGUGCGAUUUGCAAAUCCACGCGAUUACUGUUCUUUACCUUUACGGGUCUCAAUCACAAGCGGCUUGGGUGACUGCCGGUGUCGGUCUUCAUCUAGCAGUCGACGUAGGGGCACAUAGGAAAAGGGCGUAUAAAGCCGAACCAAGUGUGCGAGAUGAGCUUUGGAAACGCGCAUUUUGGGUCCUGAUGUUCGAAGACGUUGCGUUGAGCUCUUUUUUGGGCCGACCGUGUGGAAUUCUGGAAGAAGAAUAUGAUCUCGACUUUCCGACGGAAUGUGACGACGAAUUUUGGGUGCAUCCUGAGCCUAGCAAGGCAUUCAAACAGCCACCGGGCGUACCAUCAUCAGUAAUAACCUUUACCCUAGCCCUACGACUCACACAAAUACAUGCUCGUACCCUUCGAACAAUUUAUCAAACCAAUAAAUCCAAAAGCCUGUAUGGUUUCCAUGGACCUCAUUGGGAGCAGCGAGCAGUCUCGGAGUUUGACUCAGAUCUCAACAAAUGGCUAGAGUCUAUUCCUAGUCAUUUACAGUGGGACCCAACACAAAAUGACGCUCACGCCGAAAGCUCUGCAUAUCUUCGCUGCGUCUAUUAUGACGCUCAAAUUCAGUUGCACAGACCAUUCAUCAGACCAAAGAGCACGGAUUCUCCACUAGCUGGUACCUCGCUUGCAAUCUGCACCAACGCUGCACGGUCAAGCAUUCGUGUGAUACUGGCCGAACGGCAAAGGACACGUCGAGCCGUGGGUCCGCUUUUACAGGCGAGUGCAUUCAUAUCUGGCGUUGUGUUGGCCAUCAAUGUCCUGGGCAUGAAGCGAGCGAACCCCGCGAUGGAUCUAAUUCCAGAGCUGAUCACGGCGCAUACAAGUGUACAGAUUUUAAAAGAAGCUGAAUAUAGAUGGCAUGAUGCGGGCAGGAUGCGGGAUGUUUUGGCUGAAUUGAUCAACUGCGCUGAUCCAGAUCAGGGCACGCCCUCAUUGCCUUGCGCUGGCAAUCCCGUACCCUCUCAAAAAGUGGCAACUAUUUCUCUUGAAUCCUCCACCUCUGCUUCCACGCGUGGCAAGUUCCUUACGAGAGGGUUUUUAAAUCCGAGAGAGUUGCGACCACUGCCAAAUUGGAACGGCCUUGAACCUCUCCACAUUCCCGUCGUCCAUCCUCCAGCGAUGAGCGAGAUGGAUCCAUACAACGCUGAUAACGCACACGCCUUGCAUUCUGGGUACAGCGACCUGUCGUCCAUGUUCGCUCGAGACGCCCCUCAUGGCGUUGCGUGGGAUUCGCAUCUUUCCUCAACGCCAACCACUGAAGAACAAGCCCUGGCCUUGGCGCCGACGACAAAUGCGUUUCAUUUUGUCCCCCCGUUCCUGUCCGACCUGGCUCUACCUGAGUCUUCCGUGAGUGGGGCAAGUCAGCAAUCAUCGGCCCCCGCGCACAUCGCGGCAGAUUUCACCGCCCCGAUGGCCUCACACUCUCGUUUAUCCUUCGACGAGUUGAUGCAGGCCAACGAUGAUAUGUUGGCAACGUGGAACGGCGUGCCGGCUUCCUUUGGCUUGGACCAGUGGGACGCCUAUUUCCGGCAUAUGCAUGAUCCACCGGGCGCGCAAUCGUAGAUUUCGCACGAAUGAGGUAUGGGGCAGGUUGGUCAGGCUCGUCCACGGAGUCAUCAAUAUGUACGAGCCGACGUAUUGGAACAUUAUCCACCCUCCUUAUAGCUAGAGCUCAGUAAUACGCCUUCCGAUUCUAGCUUGUGCGCUGGGAUGUAUUUUUAGCUAGUAUUCCUCACAAUUUACAAACUCCCCACUUUCAUAGC